AUGCCAUUGAAGAUUGGUUCCACUAUAAGGAAUCUCAGAAUCCCUCAGCUAUCACCAUUCAUCUUCCUCGGUUUCGAAGGAAGGAGAAGACACGGGCAAACCAUGAUGGGUGAAAACGCAACAGGAAAGGAUACCGGAAAUGAGAGGAACAAGAAGUGGGAGAUGGCAUUCACGGCCCGGAUGAGGCAGAUUGUCCCUGGUCUCUUUCUUGGGAAUGUUGAGGCAUCAUACAAACGGGACCUGCUUCAAAAAAAUCGUAUCAACACAAUUGUCUCUUUUACCGAUGCUCGGUGGGUAUGGUGGAACACUGCUACAAGAGAGGCAGGUAUUCCAGAGCAUCGUCACAAAUAG